CGUGCGACCUCGACCCAACUCUAACCCAGAGCCCGUGCGACCCCGACCCAACCUCAACCCAACCUUGGGUACCCCCAACCCAUUCACCAGCGUACACCUGUGGGCGGGCGGCUACAAAGUUUUCGCCCGCACACCUUCUUACUCCACUACCUCACCUCCUCUCCUCUUGCGAGGUCGACAGCACGUCGAUUUCUGAAAGAGACUGCAGGAGAAACUCGGUCCGUCCGUGUCACCGUGACGUCUCAGCCCGCGACGAACGAGCCGCCCUUCGAACGCGACACUCACCUCGCAACAAACAAGGGGCAGCUCAAGCACAACAUUGGCCACCACUCAGCCACCCCGCAGUCCCCAGAAAACAUGGACACGCCAAUCAUCGUGGUGCACGAUUGGAACGUCAAGCCGCCAGCACCUCUGAAAUACAUCAACGGGAGCAAUGAGUUAGAUUUCGGAAAGAUCUAUAAAGCACUCAGGCUUUUGCCAGAUCACCCGGGACGAGGACGCAUCGAGCUUGUCUCUACUGCUGAUGGCCAGAAAUUGCGAUUGAAGGAAUGCGACCCAAAGUUCCUUGAGACCUUCUGGGACUGUGCUGCCAAUCUCAUCGAUUAUUUCGCCGAGUUCGCGGCCUACGAUAGUCCCAUCAUGCAGAGCGUUUGGUUCCACCUUCUCGACAGGCUGCAGGACGCGGGAAAGUUGCCGCACAACUUCUGGCAGCCUGACACUCCAACCUGUAGCCACGCCCUCGAAUUUUUAACGCAUCUAGACGAGUGCUUGAAGCUCAUCAACGACGUCAUCGUUCCAGAUCUGCGUCCCAAGGGCAACUUCAUCUCCACGCGACCUAAUCUCACCGCCAACCCUGGAUAUUCCUUUGGAGGCUUCAAAGCCGGACUCAACCCAUGGCAGCAGUUCUUCAACAAAAACUCCCCUGGUUUUACUGUUCCGGUUGCGGACCGAGUUUACCAGCAAGGCGUUGUCCAAGAGGAGGGGACUAGUCAACGGCACGUACCACAGGGCGGCUUGGCAAUCAUACAGGGACACACAGAGAGAGCCAGGGCCUUUGCGGCUAAGCUCGCCCGAACGGAGAUGAGCGACCGUUCUGAGGCAGAAGUUCUCUCCGAAUUCAACCAACAUUGCCUCAAGACUGGAGAGACAUUUGGAUAUACCUCACUCAAAGGCCAGGAUACCCUGGUUCAGGACAUGUAUCCAGCGCGGCGCUCCGAGCAUACUCCGAGGAGGUAUGCGGGCUUGGGUGAUCCCUCCGGAUUCGUCACAAAGCCUAGCUUGAACUUGCUUGAUGAGCAAGUCGGUCUUCAUAAGGGCACGGAUGCCCCCGCGCACCCUAAUGGCGACGCCGACUUUCGAAUGUGGACGGUCUCUUCUCGUCUUCCGCAAGAAGACCACGCCAAGAAAGAGAUCGAUCACAACAAGUACUCGGACAUGUUCGACGAGUAUCACACCGACGACGCCGAUGGCGAAGGUUGGGUGGAGAGGGCAUUAAAGGCGUCCAGGGAGGCCCAACACCAACUAGGAAGGCCGAGGGCAUUGGACGCUGAAGUCCCCUAGGCCCAGGCAUGACGACGAGGAUGACGACGGGGGAUGGGAUGGGAUGUAGGACCCAGGCAAAGUCAUUCCGUGACUGGAUGUACCUUUAGGCCGAACAACUACUUGCUUCUAAACUCUCCUCCCGUAAGCAUCUGGUAUGCCUCGCGAUACCUGGCCGCCGUCUGGCUAGCCACCUCCUCCGGAAUCACUACGUUUCCCUUCCCCUUG